AUGUCUUCUCUUCAGAAUGCCGGUCCGGCCAUCAACAUCCUUCCAAUGGAAAACGCCUACUACUGCUGCAAGUGCCUUUUCGGGCCUAUGCUUCUCGAGCUGUACCCCGCAUGCAUCGAGUGCGGCGCGCCGGCCUGCGGCAGUUGCAAGUUCACUAGCCUUCCCGAGCUCCGAGCUCAGACUGGGGCCGGGUGCAGCCCAUGCGAUGCCCACGGUGCCUCUGUUCUCGGCUUCGAUAACGACCCGUCGCCAAUGAUGGACCGCUUCGUGCGAGAACAGCCGACCGUGGCCGAACGCCUGCUGGCUGGUGCAGGACCGCGCAGUUUGACUGGCCUCCAAGAUCAGACGGACGGAAUGGUGAGGCGGCUGGAGUAUGUCGCGGACGAAUACAGGCCGAGGAUGUGA